AUGGUGUGUGUGACUCCAUUGGCCCUCUGUCUGAAUGAAGUGGCUGCACUCAGCAGUAUGGCUCUCUGUGUUUGACCAGUGACGCUGUCCCCUCAAUCAAAGGGGCAUUGUGCCCUAAGGCCUGGACAAAGGCUGGGGGAUAGAGCUGAAGGAUGGGGCUGGGGCGCAGAGAGUGGCAGACCUGGGCCCUAUCAGGGACUAUUUGUUUUGGGGGGUGGGAGGUUAUCUAGGGUGAGUAGGGGAGGGAUCUAUUUUACCCCCUGUCCAUAGCUCUUCCUGUGUCUGGAGGGAGCUAUGGGGUACAUGCCAAAAACAUGUGGCUCUCAUUUCUGCCCUAGUUUCAAUUGUCUAAGCAUUAGGUGCUUCACCUCCUGGAAACUCUCUCUCAACCUGUUUCAACUCCCCCAAAGUUGGUAGUCAUGGAUUCUAAUUCUCUUGCUCACUGUCUGUUUCACUCCUUUUAUUUUUCUUGUUUUUUAAUCUCCAAUCAAAAAAAUGGGAUCCUUCACCAGAUGUAUACUGAACAUUAAUAUAAACGCAACAAUUUCAAAGAUUCUACUGAGUUACAGUAUAUAUAAGGUAAUCAGUCAAUUUAAAUAAAUUCAUUAGGGCCUAAUCUAUGGAUUUCACAUGACUGGGAAUACAGAUAUGCAUCUGUUGGUCACAUAUACCUUAAAAAAAAAAAAAAGUUAUGUGCAUGGAUCAGAACCAGUCAGUAUCUGGUGUGACCACCAUUUGCCCAUGCAGCGCGACACAUCUCCUCCGCAUAGAGUUGAUUAGGCUGUUGAUUAUGAUCUGUGGAAUGUUGUCUCACUCCUCUUCAAUGGCUGUGCGAAGUUGCUGGAUAUUGGCGGGAACUGGAACACGCUAUCGAUCCAGAGCAUCCCAAACAUGCUCAAUAGGUGACAUGUCUGGUGAGUGUGCAGGCCAUGGAAGAACUGGGACAUUUUCAGCUUCCAGAAAUUGUGUACAGAUCCUUGCGACAUGGGGCCGUGCAUUAUCAUGUUGAAACAUGAGGUGAUGGCGGCAGAUGAAUGGCACGACAAUGGGCGUCAGGAUCUCGUCACGGUAUCUCUGUGCAUUCACAUUGCCAUCGAUAAAAUGCAUUUGUGUUCGUUGUCUGUAGCUUAUGCCUGCCCAUACCAUAACUCCACCGCCACCAUGGGGCACUCUGUUCACAACGUUGACAUCAGCAAACCGCUCGCCCACACAACGCCAUACACGUGGUUUGCGGUUGUGAGGCUGGUUGGACGUACUGCCAAAUUCUCUAAAACAACGUUGGAGGCAGCUUAUGGUAGAGAAAUGAACAUUCAAUUCUCUGGCAACAGCUCUGGUGAACAUUCCUGCAGUCAGCAUGCCAAUUGCACGCUCCUUCAAAACUUGGGACAUCUGUGGCAUUGUGUUGUGACAAAACUGCACAUUUUAGAGUGGCCUUUUAUUGUCCCCAGCACAAGGUGCACCUGUGUAAUGAUCAUGCUGUUUAAUCAGCUUCUUGAUAUGCCACACCUGUCAGGUGGAUGGAUUAUCUUGGUAAAAGAGAAAUGCUCACUAACAGGGAUGUAACCAAAUUUGUGCACAAAAUCUGAGUGAAAAAAGCUUUUUGUGCAUAUGGAACAUUUCUGGGAUCUUUUAUUUCAGCUCAUGAAACAUGGGACCAACACUUUACAUGUUGCCUUUAUAUUUUUGAUCAGUGUAUAUUUAAAAGAUCAAAAACACCAAUUCUAAGAAUAAUCAUUGCAAUAAGCUGCUUUAGCUACAUCUUUGCGUAUUUGGGAAGGCAGGUAGUUUAGUGGUUAAGAUCAUUGUGCCAGUAACCGAAAUGUCGUUGGUUCUAAUCCCACGAGCCGACUAGGUGAAAAAUCUGUCGACGUGCCCUUGAGCAAGGCACUUAACCCUAAUUGCUCCUGUAAGUCGCUCUGGAUAAGAGCGUCUGCUAAAUGACUAAAAUGUAAUGUACUGUAGCCUAUGUAGACAAAUGUGAAGCCACAGGCUAGUGGUCUGCAUCUACUGACCUUAUACAUUCAGCAUCUGCAAUCUCCCAGAGGGAGUGUGAAGAUUUACAGCCUCAUGGAACAGUGUGUGUGUGUGUGUGUGUGUUGGUUUUAUUAUCCUUGUGGGGACAUUUCUCUGGUCCCCACAAGAAGAAAGGCUAUUUAGGGUUAGAAUUAGGCUUAGGGAUUUGUGGUUAAUGUUAAGGGUUGGGGUUAGGGAAAUAGGAUUUUUUGUGGGAAUCAAUUGUUUGGUCCCCACAAGGAUAGUAAAAUAAAUGUGUGUGUUACUCCAUCGCACUGCUCUCUUAAUGACCCAGCUGCCACAGGACACGUUGUCGUUCUUACGCUGUUACACUUCCUAGUCUUCCGACGUAUUCACUCAGCUAUUUCUAAUGGGAAUGUGAGAUAACAAGUUUCCAAGACACCUGACCGACUGCCAUUUUACCACUCUGUGUCACUGUCAGUGACGUUGACCACUACGGAAUGUCCUGGAGCCUGCUUACAAAAGUUAUUUUAAACCUGAUGAGUUAAAUUGUAACUAUCAGAUCAAAUUUUAUUGGUCACAUACACGUGUUUAGCCGAUGUUAUUACGGGUGUAGCGAAAUGCUUGUUUCUAGCUCCGACAGUGCAGUAAUAUCUAACAAGUAAUAUCUAACGAUUUCACAACAUAUACACACAAAUCUAAGUAAAGCAAUGGCAUUAAGAAUAUAUAAAUAAAUAUAUGGACGAGCAAUGUCAGCGCGGAAUAGACUAAGAUAUAGUAUAGAAUACAGUAUAUACAUAUGAGAUGAGUAAUGCAAGAUAUGUAAACAUUAUUAAAGUGACUAGUGUUCCAUUUAUUAAAUUGCACCGUUCCACUCUAGAUUAGUUUUAACUCAAGGAUGUAUACCACUCCUCUGACUGAAUUUAAAUUUAAGUUGUGCCAUGCUUUCCACCAGCAUCAAUGUACUGAACCAUAAAGCAUUGUUGUAGUUUGAAAUACUUUAGUUGAAAUUCGACACAUUCCAUUAACUGCGACGUGUGUGCGGAUGUGCAUGUUCUAUUUUUAAACACUCAAUUCAUCCUCAGUUGGCGUUGUAGUAAUCGGUCACAGGGAACUGUUUUUCAAAUUGAGGAAUGAAGAUGACACGAUUUAGUAAUUACUCCAGCAGUUAGCUCCCCUGACUGGAGAAAACACUCUGAAUGCGUGUCUGUUUUGUUUGCAUCCCCUCUGCCUCCAACUAAAUCUACCAAGACUUGUAUUUUCUAAACAAGGCAACAUGUACUGGAGUCUCCAGAGACACUGGAUGCAUUCAUAAUUCAACCCGCUCCUUUUGUCUUUUCCUCCUGUCCCCCACUGGCUGUUGUCUGUUGUCUGUGGUUCCCAUGGAGGUGUUAUCAGGCUCCCUGGACUGGCCUGGGAUGCUGCCUAUCAGCCCGUCUCCAGAGACUGCAUCUGCCUCCCCGUCCUGUCGCCAGCACACGGCACACACUGUCCCUAAGAAGUGUGUGUGUGUGUCCAAUGAGAGCACAGGGGAGUGGGGAGGAGGGACUUGAGAGGGGGCACUGUUAUCUGACUGUCCAGGGUGCUUAGAUAAAUUAACUCCCAUCUUCAAGGGAUGGCAAAAGGAGAGGGGGAUGGAGGGAAGGAGAGUGGAUGGAGAGAAGGUGGGUAGUUGGUGGUGGGGGUGGUAGUAGUGUUUUAUCUCCAGACCAGAGACCGAGGCUUAGACAAGCAGCAGUUGUUGAAAGUCUACAGCUCUGACACCUUGUAAGAUUAUAAUGCAGAGCAGUUUACAGUGAGGGAAAAAAGUAUUUGAUCCCCUGCUGAUUUUGUACGACUGCCCACUGACAAAGAAAUGAUCAGUCUAUAAUUUUAAUGGUAGGUUUAUUUGAACAGUGAGAGACAGAAUAACAACAAAUAAAUCCAGAAAAAUGCAUGUCAAAAAUGUUAUAAAUUGAUUUGCAUUUUAUAAUAAUAAUAUGCCAUUUAGCAGACGCUUUUAUCCAAAGCGACUUACAGUCAUGCGUGCCUACAUUUUCUGUGUAUGGGUGGUCCCGGGGAUCGAACCCACAACCUUGGCAUUACAAGCGCCAUGCUCUACCAGCUGAGCUACAGGGAAGUAAGUAUUUGACCCCCUCUCAAUCAGAAAGAUUUCUGGCUCCCAGGUGUCUUUUAUACAGGUAACGAGCUGAGAUUAGGAGCACACUCUUAAAGGGAGUGAUCCUAAUCUCAGCUUGUUACCUGUAUAAAAAGACACCUGUCCACAGAAGCAAUCAAUCAAUCAGAUUCCAAACUCUCCACCAUGGCCAAGACCAAAGAGCUCUCCAAGGAUGUCAGGGACAAGAUUGUAGACCUACACAAGGCUGGAAUGGGCUACAAGACCAUCGCCAAGCAGCUUGGUGAGAAGGUGACAAGUUGGUGGAUAUCGCAAAUGGAAGAAACACAAAAGAACUGUAAAUCUGCCUCGGCCUGGAGCUCCAUGCAAGAUCUCACCUUGUGGAGUUGCAAUGAUCAUGAGAAUGUGUGCAAACCUGGUGGCCAACUACAAGAAACGUCUGACCUCUGUGAUUGCCAACAGGGGUUUUGCCACCAAGUACUAAGUCAUGUUUUGCAGAGGGGUCAAAUACUUAUUUCCCUCAUUAAAAUGCAAAUCAAUUUAUAACAUAUUUGACAUGUGUUUUUCUGGAUUUUUUUGUUGUUAUUCUGUCUCUCACUGUUCAAAUAAACCUACCAUUAACAUUAUAGACUGAUCAUGUCUUUGUCAGUGGGCAAACGUACAAAAUCAGCAGGGGAUCAAAUACUUAUACGUUUCCCUCACUGUAUAAAUAAGCAGCUAUUCCUCCCAAGGCCAUGGUCUUAGGGAGUCAAUGGAAUAAGGAGUCUCUCACCUUUUGAUUACUGGACCAUUUAAGUGUUUGUGUGUGAGUGGGUGAGGCUAGAGGCAUCUUGUACUUUUCACUGCUUAUUUACUUAUUUACAUUAUCCAAGUCUGAUUAGCAUAUUACCUCUUAACAAGAAAAACUGCAAAUGUAUUCUUAAGUGAAGUAGGCUACUUGCGGCUGUGCCCUUUAACAGCUCUGAGCUGAAGUGGCCCUGCUACUACUUUAUUAGCUACUACCACUAGGCCUUCACUACUACACACACACCUAUUUCUCAGGGCAGCAGAGACAGGCUGUUGGUAGUAAUAAUUCCAGGCUCCUUGGUAAGGCAGGUCAAGGUUGUCACAGCUGAGGUCAGUGUCAUGAUGAUGUCCUCCUGAUAUCUCAUUGUCAGCUCUGUAACGUAACCCUUAAAACAAUGUCUGGAUGUCUCCUGAAUGGAUGCUCAUUCAAUCCAGUGGCACUAAAUGCAUACACUCCCAUAGGCAUGCGUUCCUCAGUGCUCUGUUUUAAUGUACUGUAGUGGGGAAGUAAAACGUAUGUUAUUUGUCACAUGCUUGUCUGUUAACGUUCAAUUAUGUCCAAACAGCCUUCAGGUCAUUCGCUCUGAGAAUUGCUGACAUUGCCAUGUGGGUAGCUGACUAGCUGAGCUUUCAGCCUGCAUUAUAGCGCAUUGUGUAUUCAACAACCAGCUAGCCAGCCCUCUUGCUGUGGCUAGCUGACUAGCUGAGCUUUCAGCCGGCAUUAUAGUGCAUUGUGUAUGAUUCAACAACCAGCCAACACAAAACAAACCACAACCCGCUCACACUGAACGCAUGCAGAUUUGCAAUAAAUUUGAUUGGCUUCACUCUCUGGGGAGCUGGUUGGCGGUUGGUGGAGAAGCGUUCACGUUCGACAGUUCUAGUGCCAUGAAGUCAUCUCCGUAAUGCACAGGCCAGGCGGCGGAGUUGACACGCUUCAACACGGUCACAGAGGGUCUGUGAGCAGAGCGUUAAUGAAAGAAGUGUUAUCAGUAGCUGUUUAAUUUGCUCGCUACAGGGGCCCCAGACUGCCAUGAGAGCUUAAUCCCACCAGAGCAGCAACAGAACAGACUCUCAGCCCACCCAGCCAGCCACGCUCGCUAUUCAAAAGUCCUGUCACUGAGGGCUCUACUCAGCCAAGAAAGGAAGAAGCUCCUAUCUAUCGCGGCCCUAAAAUAACUCCCUCUUGUAUUCAAAAUUGUUCUGUAAAAGAACGAAGACCAAAACUCUGUUUUAGAAAACGACAGGCUCGUUAAAUUCACAGGCGGUAUCUUGCUGUCACAGCGUGAGGAGCAGGCUGUUGUCUUCUUACCAGAUCCACAAACAUAUUCCCCCUCAAACACACACACACACACACUUGUCAGUCACCCACUUUUCUUCUUAACAGAAGAAUUGUAGCUAGCAAGACCUUUCUCUCAAUGUAAUACGGCUGUAACUUGGUGUUUUUACAUAAACGGACAGAGACAUGCUCUUCAUGAGACAAUUUUACAGAGAUACAAAGGCUACCUCAACAAAAGUAAACACACACAAGCAAACACACUCUCACCCUGCCUGACAUGCUUUAAUUCUCUACAUCCUUGUUUACACGUUGUUAGCCCUGGAGCCUGAAAUAGCCUGGUCCUAGAGACCUAUAGCCUCACUGUCUAUAAGACACAUACACACACUGUGAGGCUCCGUUGGGUCAAAAAGUGGGUUGAGAAAGAGGCUUAUUGUCUGUGGUAGCCCCAGCCAGCCCAUGCAGCCAACGGUUGAUCGGAGGUCUUUAUCUUGGCUAGCAGAGCAGGGCAGAUAGACACUGUCAGACUGUCGUUGGGCUUUAGCCUCUAGGGUUUAUUAGUGUCUGUUUUGGGUCUAGUGUUGCUGCUGCUACUCCCACUGCUGCACCGCUUAAACUCACUUCCUGCUCUAAGACCUCUCAGGAUCAAACCGGUUCAAUGACUUACAGAUGCCAGCCAACGACAUUAUGAAAUAUUGUAAGUCGAUAAGAGAACAGAACAGCAUUACACUACUUGUAGAAUCUGUUCUACUGUGAGGACAUGAUGCUGCGCCAGUCAUAUCACAGACACUGGCAUGUGUUGUCUCAGUAUUUUAUCUGUGUACAAGUGCAUAGGCACUGAGAAUGUUAUCUGUGCUAGAAAAUAGUCAUUUUUGUCUUAGUAUAGUAGUUAGCUGUGUAGGGUGCAUAGGCACAGAAAAUCUGGAAUAUACUGAACAAUAGUCGCCUCUUGACUGACAUUAUUUUAAUCAUGGAUAUAUUUGAAGGACAACUGAAAACCAUGGUUUUGGCACUUCAAUUUGUGGGUGCUUUCAUUGCGCUCUAUCCUCCAGGCCCCUGUUUUAAGAUGAUCUCAGUUUUAAUACAGGCAUCUCCCUCCCUUGACUGGAUCCAGCUGAUGAUUCUUCCUUCCUUUACCACAAAGAUAAUAAACCUCUGCGCAACAUGUCAUUCUUUCACAAAUCCCCAUUCUUCCUUCCUCCCCCUGCUUAGCCUUUCUCUCUCUUCUUUCACCUUCCCCCUCUCCUCUCUCCUCUGCCUUUCUCUCUCUUCUUUCACCUUCCCCCUCUCCUCUCUCCUCUGUCUCUCAAGUGUCAUAGCGGCAGCAGCAUUCUUGGUAGGAUCAGUUGCCAGGAGACAGGAUUCUCUCCCCAUUGUGCUGUGAUAAAGGGGGUCUACAAUCUGCACGACUGGGGAGAAUCAGGGGCCCUGGGGACCUACACUCUACAAUCAGGGGUGUAGGUGGGUAGGGCUGCUGGGGGGACAGAGGGAGGACUAGAGGGGAUACAGGGUGGGGUUGGGGGGGCUCUGACAUACAAUUCCCGUUAGCCAGUGCUGGUCGCAAUGUAAUCCUGCUGGGAUGUGCUGUGUCAGACAGACACAAUUUGUGGGGGAGAGGAGCCAGUCACUCAGUCACAUGGAGGGAAGCAGGCAUGAAUAGUCAUUCGAGGAGUUUUUAAUUAGCUAGUCAGUGUAACUCCGUUCCCACUGUUCGCUCCCCUCCCCCUCUACACACACACACACUCAACACACCACCGCAACAGGAGGCAGACAGUUCCUAACUAAUGUGGUCACAAUUUUUCAAGGAUUGUGUGUACAUUUACCCACAUUUACCAGCAGGUUAAUCUUCAUAGUGGUCCUUUUCUUGAGACCGUAGUAAUAGGUUCUCUUAUCACCCUCUAUUUGCCAUUAGAGCAGAGCCGUUUCCCUGAGCUAGGCUGCCAUUACUCUGAAUAAAGACUGAAGGACAUCCCAUAAUAUUACCCAUUGAUUACACACACACACACACACACACAUAGCCCUAUCUCACUGGGCCUCAGUCAAAGCACAGUGGAAUAAAGGCAAUUUCCCAAUCACUUGCCUGUGUGUGUUCAGUGUUAAUCACUAACUACCAACCUCCCCGUCUGUUUGUGUCAGUGUUAUGUAGGGUAGGCUGUUUUGUUACUCUGCUAUAAGUGAGUGUUGUAUCAAGGGGAUUAUAGCAUUAACUAAUUAUGUUGAAAUUAUGUUCCAGCUGUUGGAACAUCCACGUGUCAUAGAACCAUAGAACAGUUCUCUCUGGCAGCGCUGGGUUCCACAUACUUAGUUAGAAUUGUUGUCCUUCAUUGUUAUGGCUCUAGUUGCCGCGUGAAAGGAUCUAGCAUAAUCUAUCCGCCACCACUUUCAUUGUCCUUAAAUAUAUAUUGUGUUUCAUCGUUAUUUACUUGGCAGGAAUUUAUUUCCUAUCGGCUUAUCUAGCAGAUAAUCUUUGGUCAGAGCUCAUUGUCAUGCUACACCAUGUGAUGCCAGUUAAUUCCCAUUCUAUUGCUUGUUUAUUAAAAUGAUUGUUUAGUGGGCUCAUAUCUCCAAUCUCCAUUACAAAAAAUUUAAUGGUCUAUGAAAGCCACAGCCAUCUGUAUGUUUUUAUAUGUAGUGUUAAAGUGUGGAGGAUGUCCUGAAUGUCUUUUCACUACCUUCAUUACCAAGGGACUUGAACAGUGGAGAAUAUAGAGUGAUGGCUCAUAACCCAUUAGCUUCACUUGCAUUUUUAUGUAUAUUAUUGGCUAAUCAAAAAUCAGAGCCACUGGGAUUUUUGCCCAUUCUUCAAGGCAAAAUGGCUCCAGCUCCUUCAAGUUGGAUGGGUUCCGCUGGUGUACAGCAAUCUUUAAGUCGUACCACAGAUUCUCAAUUGGAUUGAGGUCUGGGCUUUGACUAGGCCAUUCCAAGACAUUUAAAUGUUUCCCCUUAAACCAGUCAAGUGUUGCUUUAGCAGUAUGCUUAGGGUCAUUGUCCUGCUGGAAGGUGAACCUCCGUCCCAGUCUCAAAUCUCUGGAAGACUGAAACAGGUUUGCCUCAAGAAUUUCCCUGUAUCUAGCGCCAUCCAUCAUUCCUUCAAUUCUGACCAGUUUCCCAGUCCCUGCCGAUGGGAAAAACAUCCCCACAGCAUGAUGCUGCCACCACCAUGCUUCACUGUGGGGAUGGUGUUCUCGGGGUGAUGAGAGGUGUUGGGUUUGCGCCAGACAUAGCGUUUUCCUUGAUGGCCAAAAAGCUCAAUUUGAGUCUCAUCUGACCAGAGUACCUUCUUUCAUAUGUUUGGGGAGUCUCCCACAUGGCUUUUGGCGAACACCAAACGUGUUUGCUUAUUUUUUUCUUGCCACUCUUCCAUAAAGCCCAGCUCUGUGGAGUGUACGGCUUAAGUGGUCCUAUGGACAGAUAUUCCAAUCUCUGCAGCUCCAUCAGGGUUAUCUUUGGUUUCUUUGUUGCCUCUCUGAUUAAUGCCCUCCUUGCCUGGUCUGUGAGCUAUGGUGGGCGGACCUCUCUUGGCAGGUUUGUUGUGGUGCCAUAUUCUUUCCGUUUUUAAAAUAAUGGAUUUAAUGGUGCUCCGUGGGAUGUUCAAACCUUCUGAUAUUGUUUUAUAACCCAACCCUGAUCUGUUCUUCUCCACAACUUUGUCCCUGACCUGUUUGGAGAGCUCCUUGGUCUUCAAUGUGCCGCUUGCUUGGUGGUGCCCCUUGCUUAGUGGUGUUGCAGACUCUGGGGCCUUUCAGAACAGGUGUGUGUAUAUAUAAUGAGAUCAUGUGACAGAUCAUAUGACACUUAGAUUGCACACAGGUGGACUUUAUUUAACUAAUUAUGUGACUUCUGAAGGUAAUUGGUUGCACCAGAUCUUAUUUAGGGGCUUCAUAGCAAAGGGGGUGAAUACAUAUUCACGCACCACUUUUCCGUAUAUAUAUAUAUUUUUAAUUUUCACUUCACAAAUUUGGACUAUUUUGUGUAUGUCCAUUAAAUGAAAUCUAAAUAAAAAUCCAUUUAAAUUACAGGUUGUAAUACAACAAAAUAGGAAAAUGCCAAGGUGGAUGAAUACUUUUGCAAGGCUCUGUAUGCGUUGUUCAGGGAUACAGCUAAUUCAACCUAGCUUCGUUUUCUGCUGGAAACCUGAUGUGGGAACUCCGCUCAGGCUUUUUAUUUUACGCCUGCUAUGUUAGGUUAGGGAGGUAGUGGUGGUCAUAAAUUCCACUUUGUUUAUGUAAUGUUGAAUUAAUCUUAAAUCACACAAUGCUGCUAUCUCCUCUUUUCAGAGCUGCCUGCCUGCCUGCCUGCAUUGUUCUCAUCUGAACCCUCAUAACAUGCAUGGCAGAUUUACUGGAAAGCUUAAAUGUGAUUAGAUGAUGGCAUGAAAUAUCACUUUUCCCCAAGUGUGGUGUGUGUGGUGGUGGUGGAGAGCGGGAGAGACGUCAGUGAGUAUCAACUGUAAUAAAGACAAAAGCAGCCCAAGGUCAUCAAGAUCCCAGACUCAUCAAUUAGAUAAAAAACAACAUUGGUGCCCCCUGAUAAAACGUCAGAGAGAACAAUUCCCUGAUAAACAGUUCUAGCUGAAUGGAAUUUGUUUUGAAAAUGUCAUUUUCUGUUUCUGCAUGUAGGCUGUUUCUCUGGUAUUUAUCAGCACCUAAUGAAUUCAUACAUAACUCUGUGUCACGUAGACGUCAGGCUCUCUAUCAGUGUUGACUUUGAUAGACAUUCAUCUCACUUUGUUUCUAUUGCUCUCAUUUCACUGGCGUUGUUGUCUACUGCUCAGGGCUGUGACUGAGUCACUGUGAACAAGGACAUCUGUCAGAUCCAAUGGACAACAGAAUCAGCUACCGCAGCAAUGUGGGGUUCAUAGCUGUUAGAGCUUAGUACUCUGUGACCAUAUGAAACGCUCGGAGGGCCAUCUCUCUCUCCACAAUAGUGGGUGUGACUGGGCUGUGUGGUGUGAUCCCAGUCUGUUAUGCCCCAGAGGGAGGUGAGGCGACGGGGUUGGAGACAGAUGAUGAGGGUCUUGAGAGCAGUGAGGGCAGUGCACCUGUAUCACUAACUAGGCCUAACCUCCAGGACCGGACAAACAGGCUCCAGGAGGUCGGAAGCAGCAUUGUGCUGACAACACACUCACUUAAAACUGAGUCACCACAAACACAAUGUGCCUUCAGUUCAAAGAAUGACACAAGGGAAUUCCACUCCUAUUUGCAUUGUGCUUUUCAUUCUUGUUCAACCUCUGAUUGUGAACCAUUAUGUAAUGGGGACUAUACAGUAUUUAUGAGUGAAUAUAUGAGUGUUUUCUCAUCAUCAUGGAAAUUAUAAUUGUUGCGCUUGUGUAUGUAAUAUGAUAUCCCUUGGCUGUCUAGGUUGGAGAAACAACUGCAACACAUUAGACUCAGCAGACAAAUGAGGGGAAAACAGACUUUCAGCAUAUAGAAAAUUCGGUCCCGGUUUAUUUGAAGUGCAUCUUAUGAAGGCUUCAUAAAGCAUUCAUAUAGUCUUCAUAAGCACUGCAUAAAUGUGUCACAAAUCAUCUAUAACUGUAUUUCAUGCUCUAUAAAAGAUUAAUAAAUGUGAAAAAAUAGAUUGAUUGUUGUCACAUAGUUAUGCCACAUUCAUCUUUAUAGAGCAUGAUAUGGUUAUAGAUUAUUUGUGAAGCAUCUAUUUAGUGCUUAUGAAGGCUUUAUGAAGAUACACUUCAAAUAAAGCAGGACCGAAAAUUCUGUAUGUUCUGACUUCUGUAGGGGUUCUUGGAUGCUGCAUGCCCCCCAGCACGAAUGGGUCCUACCACCAAAUGACACACGGGGGGGUGGAUUACUUUAAAACAUUGGGCUGGCAGAACAUGCAGCAGAUGGGUGCGAUUGAUGUAGCUCUGGGUCUGAAUUGGCCAUGGCCCGCGUCCAAAACCUGCUCCAGGUCCCUGCUUACUUUUAGAUUACAGAAUGCAGUUUCAACCCAGGCUCUGGUCUCUCGCCUGUGUGUGUGUGUGUGUGCUAAUUCAGAUUGUUUCAUCGUUUCACCAGGUUGUAGUAAAAAUGUAGUUUCUGUACACAGUAUCAUUUCAGUGGUAUUGCAUUAUACACAACUAGUAAUCUGUGAGCUACAUCGAGGGGAUAUAGACUGACUGUCAAAAUGAUUUUUCUAUGUGGUGGCAGCAUGUGACAACUCCAUUCUCUAUGGACUGUGGUUCCAUGCUGAAGGCUUAAAGCUCUUAUUGAAUUUAAUGGAGAAAAUAUUUAGCUCCGUUGAUGUCACCAGGAAAAUAAGUUUAUUCAUUCUAAGAAUAACUCCUUGAGAAAUAUGAUGCUCCAUUUGGAUGAUGAGCAGAGCUACAGUGUUUUUUUUUUUAAUGUAUUUUUUUUUUUUUUACACAUCAACCUAUUUUUUCAACCUGCUUUAUUAUAAGCCUGUUCUUCCCUGUGUGGUUCACAUUUUACAAAGAUGUGUUUUGCCUUUAUUGAAGUAGCACUUGACAUCCUAAUAAUAUGUAAUUUUAUGAAGGCUCUAUUUCGAAAAUAUGAAAUACUCCAGUUAACCAAAACACUGAUUUAAACCUUAAAGUAACGGUCCAGUGAAGAUCUGGACAGUUUAAAAGUUAAUAUUCUGUUAACUCAUACUCAAAUAAUGUUGUUGACUCUUCCUAUACUCAUAUUUAUGGCCAAAGCAUAAAUUGGAGAAGAAACACCUCAAAGUAGGGCUGGGUGAUAUGGCCUAAAACUCAUAACGAAAAUUUUUUCAAACUUAUGUGUGAUUCAUGAUAUCUUUUUAUUUUUUAUUUUUAUGUUUUCUCAAAAUAAGCUUUGUUGUACAAUUUAAAGGUCAAAUACACUACAUUUCAAACAGUCAGCAAAAAUCUAAUGAAUUCAGGGCUUGUGAAAUUACACCUUGCCUGAAUACAGUGCCUUGCAAAAGUUUUCAUCCCCCUUGCCGUUUUUCCUAUUUUGUUGCAUUACAACCUGUAAUUUAAAUGGAUUUUUAUUUGGAUUUCAUGGAAUGGACAUACACAAAAUAUUCCAAAUUGGUGAAAUGAAAUGAAAAAAAUAACUUGUUUCAAAGAAUUCUUUAAAAUAAAUAACGGAAAAGUGGUGCGUGCAUAUGUAUUCACCCCCUUUGCUAUGAAGCCCCUAAAUAAGAUCUGGUGCAACCAAUUACCUUCAGAAGUCACAAUUAGUUAGAUUGCACACAGGUGGACUUUAUUUAAGUGUCACAUGAUCUGUCGUAUACAUCUGUUCUGAAAGGCCCCAGAGUCUGCAACACCACAAAGCAAGGGGCACCACCAAGCAAGUGGCACCAUGAAGACCAAGGAGGUGUCCAAACAGGUCAGGUCAGGGACUAAGUUGUGGAGAAGUACAGAUCAGGUUUGGGUUAUAAAAAAAUAUCAAACUUUGAACAUCCCACUGAGCACCAUUUUAAAUCCAUUAUUAAAAAAUUUAAAGAAUAUGGCACCACAACAAACCUGCCAAGAGAGGGCCGCCCACCAAAACUCAUGGACCAGGCAAGGAGGGCAUUAAUCAGAGAGGCAACAAAGAGACCAAAGAUAACCCUGAAGGAGCUGCAAAGCUCCACAGUGUAGAUUGGAGUAUCUGUCCAUAGGACCACUUUAAACCGUACAAAGCUGGGCUUUACGGAUGAGUGGCCAGGAAAAAGCCAUUGCUUAAAGAAAAAACAUAAUGUCUGGCGCAAACCCAACACCACUCAUCACCCCGAGAACACCAUCCCCACAGUGAAGCGUGGUGGCAGCAUCAUGCUGUGGGGAUGUUUUUCAUCGGCAGGAACUGGGAAACUGGUCAGAAUUGAAGGAAUGAUGGAUGGCGCUAGAUACAGGGAAAUUCUUGAGAUUUGAGACUGGGACGGAAGUUCACCUUCCAGCAGGACAUUGACCCUAAGCAUACUGCUAAAGCAACACUCAAGUGGUUUAAGGGGAAACAUUUGAAUGUCUUGGAGUGGCCUAGUCAAAGCCCAGACCUCAAUCUAAUUGAGAAUCUGUGGUAUGACUUAAAGAUUGCUGUACACCAGCGGAACCCAUCCAACUUGAAGGAGCUGGAGCAGUUUUGCCUUGAAGAAUGGGCAAAAAUCCCAGUGGCUAGAUGUGUCAAGCUUAUGGCUCUACAAAGUAUUGACUUUGGGGGGGUGAAUAGUUAUGCACGCUCAAGUGUUCUGUUUUUUUGUCUUAUUUCUUGUUUGUUUCACAAAAAAAAUUAUUUUGCAUCUUCAAAGUGGUAGGCAUGUUGUGUAAAUCAAAUUAUACAAACCCCCCCAAAAUCAAUUUUAAUUCCAGGUUGUAAGGCAACAAAAUAGGAAAAAUGCCAAGGGAAGUGAAUACUUUCGCAAGCCAUUGCAUAUGCCUUCCAUAACCAUAAGAAAUGUACAUUUUAGUAAUUUAGCAGACACUCUUAUCCAGAGAGACUUAUAGAAGUAAUUAGGGUUAAGUGCCUCGUUCAUAGGCACAUCAUCAUAUAAUUUUUAACCUAGUCUGCUCUGGGAUUCGAAGCAGCGACCUUUCGGUUACUGGCCCAAAGCUCUUAACCACUAGGUUCAAUCGUUUUACCUGCUUUUUUUUGGGGGGGGGGGGGGGGGAAUAAUCACUGAUCUGGCUUUCGGGUCUGUCUAUAUAAAUGCCCUUUUUGUUACAGAUUUAACCAGAACAAUGCAUAAUGCACAUUCAUUAAUAAUGUAGCAGGCAUUAUAGAAAAUUAACACAGGUCUCAUAAACAAUCUCUCAAGCACAAGCCCACGUGCUAGUGAGUAGCCAGCUAAUACUUACAUUUCAAGUUUAGCCAACUUGGAUCUAUUUGCUAGAUAACAGGGCAAAACAGUUGAAUUGUUAUGAAACACCCUUCUGUCAGUCUCCAAAUGUUUGAACAGCAUACUAGCUUGUCGACUUUGUUCAGAUGUUGAAAUCAAGUGGCCUACCUUAUUUAUCAGAAUGAGAACGAGAUGGAAAUUCGUUAUACAAUAGUUUUAUGCUUAUUGCACGUUUAUAAAACACAGACUAACAGAUACUAUAACUAUCUUUAUUUGACUAAAAUGCUGCUAGCAAUACGUGGUACCGUAAGGCGCACGCGACAAACUGGGCAUGCAUUUUCCAGAAUGAAUGUUUAUUGAUACAUCCGCUUUAGUAGAGUCUACUCUGCUUGAAAUUUGAGGAGUUGAAACAUAAACAGGGUAUGGUUAGAAAGAUUAACUUCUCUGUUACAGUAAAAUAAUGUCUUAAUGUGUUUUGGUGUUCAUAUGACCGAUUCUGUUGGACCAAACCUCAAAUGCAAAUAGCGAGUUGAAACCGCUUGUCAGAGACCAAAAAGACAACAUGAGAACAAACGGACAUAAACGCUCAUAAAAACGAAAAAUACAAAAAACCUUGAUUCUGCGAAACAGGCAUUUGGAAUAUCGCAAGAAAACAUACAUUUGAAUGAAUCGAAUUAAUUUGAUAUAUCGCCCAGCCGUACCUCAAAGUUGCAUCUACAUUUUAGUAAUUUAGUAGACACUCUUAUCCAGAGUGACUUACAAUUAGUGCAUUCAUUUUAAGAUGGCUGGGUGAGACAAACAUAUCACAGUCGUAGCAAGUACAUUUUCCCUCAAUAAAGUAGUUAACAGCAAAGUCAGUUCUCUUUUUGUUUCUCUUUCUUUGUGGGGGUGCCGUGGGAUUCAUUUAAGCUACUCUUUAAAGAGGUAUGGUUUCAGAUGUUUUUCGAAAGAUGGACAGGGACUCUGCUGUCCUAGCUUCAGGGGAAAACUGGUUCCACCAUUGGGGUGCCAGGACAGAGAGGAGCUUUGACUGGGCUGAGCGGGAGUUGACCCCCAUAGAGGUGGGAUGGCCAAGAGACCAGAGGUGGCAGAACGGAGUGCUGUGGUUGGGGUGUAGGGUUUGAGCACACACAAAAAAAUGAGAAAAAACUGACCGUUUCAAAAAGGCUUGCCAUUUCAUCAUAAAUUAUGAUGCCAUCCUCGUGAGCAGGAUGAGCUGGCCAAUCGUCGGUCUACUCGCAUUAAUAUUUUUUAUGACUGGUAUAAUAUGACCAGACCAUUCUGUUGUUGGGGUACGCCCACACCAUUCCAACACAGAAAAGCAGCUUUUUAAGAUACUUAAUUGCAAUUUUUUUGGAAGGAAAACUAUUUCACUCAUAAUUAAUUAUCAUAUUUCAUAGAAAUCUGGUAACACUGGACAGUUACCUUUAACUGAAACAUAAGUGUGAACACCGAGGCACUCAGAUGAAAUCCUGAUUUUGUUUUAGAAGUAACAUCAUAGAUUUAGUCAUUCUAAUUAUAUCUGUAGCCCCUAGGUGCUCAUGAAGGGAAUGCCAUGAAAUCAGUGUGUGUGCUAUUAGGCUAAUGGACUUCCUCUCCCUCCCUCUCUGUGUGUCCAGGUGUAGGCCAUGGCCUGGAGAUCACGUCCCAGGGGCUCACGAACAUAGAGAAGGCCAGCGGUGAGAGUGUCAAGCUGGAUUGCCAGUUUUCUCUGGCCCCCGAGGACUCUGGACCCCUGGACAUCGAAUGGAGCCUGCUGGCCUCAGACAACCAGAAAGAGGACAAAGUGGUGUGUGUGUGUGUUUGUUUGUUUAAUGGGGUCCCUCCAAGUGGUUUGUGUUCUUUCAUCCAUGAAAAGGGUUUUUGGGGUUAUUCCUGCUUUUGGUAUGUCAGAAUUCAUCAUAUUAUGUCGGAACUAUCCAAUGUUAAAACAGAAGUGUUAUGUUAGAGAUGGGAAGAUAAACCGAAAACUACUGACACCGACAUUGCCUUCUUUUUACAGAAGCAUUUUGCUUAAGUCAGUAAUUUUAGGUGAUUUUGCUUCACAACGUCCCUGUAGAUUGUUCUAAAACCAUUAUUUGGUCAACAGUAAUAGUCAAUGCGUUGUUGAUUUCUGCUAUGAAUGUAUCUGCCUGUCCAUCUUUCGCUGUCGGCUGCUGACUCUCACUCCCUCUCCCAACUUUGCGCACGGAGGAGGAGGGCGAGAUGCAUUCUGAGAAGCACAAAAUGCUAUUGCUGGAAAAAAUACUACUGUUCUUGUUACAGAGAGGAGAGUCGCAGCUUUCUGUGAAUGUACAGUACCAGUCCAAAGUUUGGACACCUACUCAUUCCAGGGUUUUUCUUUAUUUUCACUAUUUUCUACAUUGUAGAAUAAUAGUGAAGACAUCAAAACUAUAAAAUAACACAUAUGGUAUCAUGUAGUAACCAAAAAAGUGUUAAUCAAAUCUAAAUAUAUUUUAUAUUUGAGAUUCUUCAAAGUAGCCACCCUUUGCCUUGAUGACAGCUUUGCACACUCUUGGCGUUCUCUCAACCAGCUUCAUGAGGUAGUCACCUGGAAUGCAAUUCAAUUAACAGGUGUGCCUUGAUAAAGGUUCAUUUGUGGAAUUAAUGUGUUUGAGCCAGUCAGUUGUGUUGUGACAAGGUAGGGGUGGUAUACAGAAGAUAGCCCUAUUUGGUAAAAGACCAAGUCCAUAUUAUGGCAUGAACAGCUCAAAUAAGCAAAGGGAAAUGACAGUCCAUCAUUACUUUAAGACAUGAAGGUCAGUCAAUACAGAACAUUUCAAAAACGUUGAACGUUUCUUCAAGUGCAGUCGCAAAAACCAUCAAGCGCUAUGAUGAAACUGGCUCUCAUGAGGACCGCCACAGGAAUGGAAGAUCCAGAGUUACCUCUGCUGCAGAGGAUAAGUUCAUUAGAGUUACCAGCCUCAGAAAUUGCAGGCCAAAUAAAUGCUUCACAGAGUUCAAGUAACAGACACAUCUCAACAUCAACUGUUCAGAGGAGACUGUGAAUCAGGCCUUCAUGGUCGAAUUGCUGCAAAGAAACCACUACUAAAGGACACCAAUAAGAAGAAGAUACAUGCUUGGGCCAAAAAACACGACCAAUUGACAUAUAGUCCAAAUGUGAGAUUUUUGGUUCCAACCGCUGUGUCUUUGUGAGACGCGGUGUGGGUGAACGGAUGAUCUCCGCAUGUGUAUUUCCCACAGUAAAACAUGGAGGAGGAGGUUUUAUGGUGUGGGGGUGCUUUGCUGGUGACACUGUCUGUGAUUUAUUUAGAAUUCAAGGCACACUUAACCAGCAUGGCUACCACAGCAUUCUGCAGCGAUACACCACUACUAAAGGACACCAAUAAUAAGAAGAGACUUGCUUGGGACAAGAAACACAAGCAAUGGACGUAAGACCGGUGGAAAUCUGUCCUUUGGUCUGAUGAGUCCAAAUUUUUAGAUUUACAGUUGGCACUACGCAUUUGAGCAGGUAGCGUUCUCCUGGCAUCCGCCAAACCCUGAUUCGUCCGUCGGACUGCCAGAUGGUGAAGCGUGAUUAAUCACUUCAGAGAACGCGUUUCCACUGCUCCAGAGUUCAAUGGCGGUGAGCUUUACACCACUCCAGCCGACGCUUGGCAUUGCGCAUGGUGAUCUUAGGCUUGUGUGCGGCUGCUCGGCCAUGAAUCUCCCAACCAACAGGUUUUGUGCUGACGUUGCUUCCAGACGCAGUUUGGAACUCGGUAGUGAGUGUUGCAACCGAGGACAGACUAUUUACGCGCUUCAGCACUCGGCGGUCCCGUUCUGUGAGCUUGUGUGGCCUACCACUUCGCGGCUGAGCUGUUGUUGCUCCUAGACGUUUCCACUUCACAAUAACAGCACUUACAGUUGACCGGGGCAGCUCUAGCAGGGCAGAAAUUUGACAAACUGACUUGUUGGAAAGGUGUCAUCCUGUGACGGUGCCACGUUGAAAGCCGCUGAGCUCUUCAGUAAGGCCAUUCUACUGCCAAUGUUUGUCUAUGGAGAUUGCAUGGCUGUGCGCUCGAUUUUAUACAGUUGUCGAAACGGUUGUGGCUGAAAUCGUCGAAUCCACAAAUUUCAUGGGGUGUCCACAUAAUUUUGUCUGUGUGUGUGUGUGUGUGUGUGUGUGUGUGUGUGUGUGUGUGUGUGUGUGUGUGUGUGUAUGUAUGUGUAUAUAUAUAUACACAGUGGGGAGAACAAGUAUUUGAUACACUGCCGUUUUUGCAGGUUUUCCUACUUACAAAGCAUGUAGAGGUCUGUAAUAUUUAUCGUAGGUACACUUCAACUGUGAGAGACGGAAUCUAAAACAAAAAUCCAGAACAUCACAUUGUAUGAUUUUUAAGUAAUUAAUUUGCAUUUUAUUGCAUGACAUAAGUAUUUGAUCACCUACCAACCAGUAAGAAUUCCGGCUCUCACAGACCUGUUAGUUUUUCUUUAAGAAGCCCUCCUGUUCUCCACUCAUUACCUGUAUUAACUGCACCUGUUUGAACUCGUUACCUGUAUAAAAGACACCUGUCCACACACUCAAUCAAACAGACUCCAACCUCUCCACAAUGGCCAAGACCAGAGAGCUGUGUAAGGACAUCAGGGAUACAAUUGUAGACCUGCACAAGGCUGGGAUGGGCUACAGGACAAUAGGCAAGCAGUUUGGUGAGAAGGCAACAACUCUUGGUGCAAUUAUUAGAAAAUGGAAGUAGUUCAAGAUGAUGGUCAAUCACCCUCGGUCUGGGGCUCCAUGCAAGAUCUCACCUCGUGGGGCAUCAAUGAUCAUGAGGAAGGUGAGGGAUCAGCCCAGAACUACACGGCAGGACCUGGUCAAUGACCUGAAGAGAGCUGGGACCACAGUCUCAAAGAAAACCAUUAGUAACACACUACGCCGUCAUGGAUUAAAAUCCUGCAGCGCACGCAAGGUCCCCCUGCUCAAGCCAGCGCAUGUCCAGGCCCGUCUGAAGUUUGCCAAUGACCAUCUGGAUGAUCCAGAGGAGGAAUGGGAGAAGGUCAUGUGGUCUGAUGAGACAAAAAUAGAGCUUUUUGGUCUAAACUCCACUCGCCGUGUUUGGAGGAAGAAGAAGGAUGAGUACAACCCCAAGAACACCAUCCCAACUGUGAAGCAUGGAGGUGGAAACAUCAUUCUUUGGUGAUGCUUUUCUGCAAAGGGGACAGGACGACUGCACCGUAUUGAGGGGAGGAUGGAUGGGGCCAUGUAUUGCAAGAUCUUGGCCAACAACCUCCUUCCCUCAGUAAGAGCGUUGAAGAUGGGUCGUGGCUGGGUCUUCCAGCAUGACAACGACCCUACACACAGCCAGGGCAACUAAGGAGAGGCUCCGUUAGAAGCAUCUCAAGGUCCUGGAGUGGCCUAGCCAGUCUCUUGACCUGAACCCAAUAGAAAAUCUUUUGAGGGAGCUGAAUGUCCGUAUUCCCCAGCAACAGCCCCGAAACCUGAAGGAUCUGGAGAAGGAUCUGGAGAAGGUCUGUAUGGAGGAGUGGGCCAAAAUCCCUGCUGCAGUGUGUGCAAACCUGGUCAAGACCUACAGGAAACGUAUGAUCUCUGAAAUUGCAAACAAAGGUUUCUGUACCAAAUAUUAAGUUCUGCUUUUCUGAUGUAUCAAAUACUUAUGUCAUGCAAUAAAAUGCAAAUUAUUUACUUAAAAAUCAUACAAUGUGAUUUUCUGGAUUUUUGUUUUAGAUUCCGUCUCUCACAGUUGAAGUGUACCUAUGAUAAAAAUUACAGACCUCUACAUGCUUUGUAAGUAGGAAAACCUGCAAAAUCGGCAGUGUAUCAAAUACUUGUUCUCCCCACUGUGUGUGUAUAUAUAUAUAUAUUAGUGUAGCAUUUAAUCAUAGGCUAAGGCUGCCAUCUCGGUUGUCUUCCUUGGCACUGGAAAAAAAUGGUCACCGGCCGCCAGUUGGGGAACCCUGGUCUAGAGUCCUGCCGUUAAUGUAAAGUAACUGUCCAUUCAAACAUUUUCUUUAUUGUUGUAUUUGUUGUUAUCGAGCAAAAUUGUUACAUUUUAUACUGAUUACUUUUUGUCCAUAUCGGCCAGCUCUAGCACCUCCCCAAAAAAAUUGUAUAUGGUUAACAAGAGCCAUAAACUGUAUGUGUUGCUCUAUGGCGCUGUGGUUAACUAUCUAUUUUUUUUAUGACACACCAUCAUGUCAAACUUUGAUACAGUGCCUGUCAGUUGAGAAGUAAAAGGAGAUGUCAGGUUUUGUUCCUUUUUGUUAACCAGUCGAUGGAACCCUCGAGUUCUGUCUUCUAUGUGUGGUAAGGGAAAACUCCCACACAACCCCUGAACAUGACUAUAAAAACAGCAGUUAAUGUUUUACUUGGUGCAUGUUUUUAAAGCUCUAUAAAAUAUCCCACAUGGGUUUGAGUGUGUGGCAUCACUCUUUCAGUUGCUCUUUCAGUGUGCGCGUGUGUGCAAGCGUGCACUGUGCAUGCUCGUUAGUGCGUGAGAAUGGGGGUGUGUUAGUUGGCUCUCGUGACCUCACCCACCUGCGCUCUGCAUGGUACCUCUAUUGAGUGGAAUGCCACCUCCCAGCCAUGCUGUGGGAACCAAGCAGCUCUGUGUACAUGCCGUGUCAUCCCUCUAUAGCCUGGAGGUAUGGGGUGCACAGGGCUGCUGAGAGGAUAGAUAGAUCCACAUAGCCCAUGCAGUGCCUGAGGGCAUGUAGCUAGAAGCUUAUAGAGGGAUAGAUGGCCUCACUCCAGGCCUCUGAAUGGUGGGGGAGUCUCUCCUGUGUAUCUCCGUUCCACGCCUCCGCUAGCGAGGCUUCUGCAUCUCUCUCUCUCUCGUUUUUUUUCCAGGGGUAGAUGAAGCUCAGUAUAGGAGCCCUUCGUUAGCUGUCCCUCUCACCAUUGCUCCCUGGCUCAAAUUCAUUCCAGCCCUGCUCUUUCCUCUCCUUCCAUUGUCUCUGCUAAAUUCAGUUAUUUUUUUAUUGGGGAGCAUUGCCUCAGGAGAGCCCCAUUUGUUUUUGACCUACUUCAUUUUAUUUACAGUGGGAACCACUGAUGAUUAAUUGGGAGGGGUGGGGGUGGAAGAAGUGGCGUAUUUCCAAAAAAACAACAUUAUUAUUAUUAUAGAGCCGUUAUUGUGCUCCCAAGGUUUGGCGUUUCUGUGUAAAGACAACGAUGCUCAUGUGGAUAUAACUGUAGGAGCCAGUUGUGGAUGGUUUUCCGUUUGUGGUCUACCUCCUCCUCUGUAGUUGAUUCAUCUGUAGACAUCAUGUUUUCAAUGUUCCAGACUCAGAGUUUAUCUUCACGGCUCAUUAUUUUUUAAAAAUCUUUAUUUGCCACUCAAACCGUCGCCGAUCGUUUACAAGGGCCACAAUCUCACCAGACCAUUUUUUCCAUUCACAACGGCCAAGUUUCUAUCUUCGUCUGAGUGGGUAGAUAUUAAUUGACCAAUCAGAGGGGCACUCAGUGCAUAGACACACACACACACACACAGCCUACUUGCGCCCUGGUGGGGUGAUGUCAUGUGUAUUAUCAGUAAUUAGUGGCCUGUUAAGUCCAGUGGCUGCAGGGCUGACUUAGUGUAUGUGACAGUGCCCAGUAGGAUUAGUGCUGGCAAACCAGAGCUGGGGCUACACUGUACUGGCAGGCUGGACUACUGGAUGUCCAGAGCGCAAGAAGGGGAGGGGAGAUGCUGGGGCCAUGCUGUACUACUGGAUGUCCAGAGAGAGAAGGGGAGGGGAGAUGAUGGGGCUGGGGCUAUGCUGUACUACUGGAUGUCCAGAGGAGAGAGAGGUGAAGGGAGGGAGGGAGAUGCUGGGGCUAUGCUGUACUACUGGAUGUCCAGAGAGAAAGAUAGAGAAGGAGGGGAGAUGCUGGGGCUAUGCUUACUACUGGAUGCCAGAGAGAGAAAGAUAAGAGAGAAGGGGAGGGGAGAUGCUGGGGCUAUGCUGUACUACUGGAUGUCCAGAGAGAGAAAGAUAGAGAGAAGGGGAGGGGAGAUGCUGGGGCUAUGCUGUACUACUGGAUGUCCAGAGAGAGAAAGAUAGAGAGAAGGGGAGGGGAGAUGCUGGGGCUAUUAUGGAGUGGCAGGCUGGACUACUGGACGUGUAGUACUGCUCUACUCUGCUGGAAGGGGGGAGGAGAUGGAGGGGGGAAGGAGAGUAGAGGAUGGGGAAAUAUGACAAAAGGAGAGAAGGGGAAGUAGCAGAGGAGAGGGAGUGGAGGGAUUCGAGAGGUUCAGAACUGAAAAGGGCUUAGGUUGACCAGGAGCAGGACGAGCUGACCAUCUGAGACCCUUUACAUGCCACUCCCUAUGACAGACUACUAUGAGUUUGCACAGUCAAACUGGCAUUUUUUGUAUUCAUAAAGUAGGGAAACAACAAUGCACUGCUUACAUCAGAUAUUCAAUUUAGAGAUUUGGGAGUUGUGGUCUGUUUAUUUGGCAUAGCCCUACAUAUCUGGCUUCAGGGAGUCAGUAAAGCAUAGCUAAUGCACCUCUCUUUGUUGGCCUGAAAUGAGGAGAUGCCAUGCCUACAGUAAGAGCUAAUUAGCAUUUAGCACUCAUCACAGGGUACAUUACAGAUGUGGGUGCGCCCUGGGUAUUGUAUUCUCAACUACGAUAAUGGUUACUACAGUCAUGAUAACAAUACAUGAAUGAUAGUUGCCUAUAGUGCUGUACUCAAGGGUAGCUGGGAGAAUGGAACGGUAGCUAGCUGCUUCAAAUUCCUGGUGGAAAGCACUAGAGCUUUGUUUACUGAAGAAAAUCUGACAUGGAAGUGUAGUGGUUCAGGUUAAACCUUGAGAAUCAAUUUGGAGCCAAGGUACAUUUCUGAAACUGACUAUAGGGGCAUGGCCGAUUCAGGAGAAAAGCCUGACUUUACCAAAGACGCAACAACACUGUCGCCAGAGUCUGGGACAGACCGGGACAAUGAGUGUAGUGUACACAGGUGAUGCCACUCCCUGUUUUGCCUCUCAAAUUAGCCCCUCCCUCUCCGUGCAGGGGAGUCACAUGACGAUGACCUCAUCUUUAAAUGGUCCCAUGUAAAUAACCUAACCUUUGUCUCACUCCUGCUGCUGCUACAGCUGCUGCCAGUAUAAUAGAGGUUGUUUCCCUUCUGCACUUUUUACUAUUAUCUUUGUUAGUUCAUUACUAUUUAAGGUGACUUUAAAUGUCCACACAGGUGCCACCCUAACUAAUACAAUGUACUAUUAUAAUUAUGAUAGAGGUCCCUUAGUGCAAUAUUUGUCCACAGAGACUUUCAUUCUGACUUCACCAGCUGGAUACUGUAGUACUGGUCUACCUAUUCUGAAUCAGAACUCAGGAAUGAACGUGUCCUUGUUUUCAACUCCGCUUGUCUGGUUCUCUUCUCACUAACGUCUGCCCUUUGAUUUCAAGUACGUAGGCCCUCUUGGAGUUUUUAUAGGAUUUGUUUUAUUGAGCCCCAUUCUUACAUGUGGUAUGUACAAGAUUGUAGUCUGUGUGUGAGUGAGUGCUUGUUGCCUGUCUUUACCCCAGUGCCUCAGGUAAUUUAAUUUCCUCUCCUCCACCUUCUCUCAUCGCGUUGUUAUUACUGCCGAUGUUCUCAUCCCAGUGAAGUUAGUUUGAAAGCUCCGUGUCUCUCCUGGGAUCCAGGUGGAAUGCAUUACAGUUUACGUGGCUAAUAGGUACAAGAUGUAGCUUAGCCUACACAGCCUUGGCAGCCCUGCCGUGGGGUCAACAACAAGGCUCCCCAGCUGAGCUGCUCGACAACUCACAGCCUACCAUCCCUCCGGUUCUUUGUUUUCUUUUCUCUCGCUCCCUCACAGCCCACCAUCCUUCCGUUCUGUUCGUCUCUCUUUGUUUUCUUUUCCCUCGCUCUCCCUUGGAGCUUGCUGCUACCUCUGUGUUCAUUAGGAUGCCUACUCAGUUUUUCCUUUACUCUCUCCAGUGUGUGUGUAUGAUGGUGAUCACUGCACACACCACAAGCCCCUGUCUCUGACAAGCUCCAUGGAAAAUUGAGAAUAAUAUGCCUACCUACGUGCGUGUUGUCUGCCUGCGAUGUGAGAGAAUUGUUUGUCCCUCCCUCCUCCUUUCCCUCCUUUGUGCUGUGGUUGUGGUGUUUUGUGCUGCUCCUGUUCGGCUCGUUGUCCGUUGGCUCCACCUUGACUCCAUCUUCUGGCUUCUCCUCUGAGCACUGUGUCGGAGGGGAGGGGGAGAGACAGGCGGUGGGUAGGGGAGGUGGAGGAAGUUAGGGCUGGGGGCUGCUGCUGAGCCCAGGGCAUAGCUCUCUCUCGCUCUCGCUCUCGCUCUCUCUCUCUCUCUCUCGCUCUCGCUCUCUCGCUCGCUCUCUCUCGCUCUAGCUCGCUCUCUCUCGCUCUCGCUCUCUCUCUGUGUGUGUGUUGACACAGCAGGUGUUGAUUUGACUCCACAGUAGGGCUUUGUUUGUUCCUUGCCAUACCUCAGCUCAGCAGUAGCACGGAAAGGAAAGGGCAAAAACAAGCUAGAGCCAGGCGUAGAAGGACAUUAGGGAGAUAACAAUACACUGACUCUCCAUUUCAGUGUCUUUUGUUUUAUUUAACAGAGACGGGGGGCCUUGCACUCACUCUUAAAAUCCAGCUACAGCUUGGAUUAUUUCUCCAGGCUUGUUUAAAAAAAAAAAAGUUGUAACACUUUUACACGCAGCUAUCUCCCUCUAAUUCUCGGUCUAUUCCCUCCCUUAUUUUUUCUUCCUCCCUCCCGCUCUCCUUCCCCUCCCUCCACCCCCAGGUGAUCCUGUACUCUGGGGACAGGGCCUAUGAGGACUACCCUGCGGUGAAGGGGCGGGCCCACUUCAACUCACCCGACCCUAAGAAUGGCGACGCCUCCAUCAACCUGACUGGUCUGAAGUCCUCAGACACGGGGACCUACCAGUGCAAGGUGAAGAAGGCCCCAGGCAUCCGCAGCAGGAAGAUGAUACUGACCGUCAUGGGUGAGUGGGGUGCCAUGGGUGACAUUUUUACAUGUUAAACAGCCUCUACUCUGCUAUCUAUCUGUUCAGUAAAAACUCCAAGCAUAAUGCUUUUUAAAGGGUACAUGUGGCUGACUAGAUACGUGUUUAUGUAAUGCCCUCUAGAAUGGCGUGAUGGUAUGUUUAAUAUUCCUAGUGGGGUGUAUAGAGCUAGAAUUUCCCUUGAUAUUGCAAUUCCAUUCAAUCCAUAUACUGUAGGGAAACGGCUAUGUCACUAUCAGAUAAAAUCAAAAUAGCCUACUAAUUGCAAAUUUAAUAAAGUAUUGUAAAAUGUAUAUUAAUGCAGCCUUGUUCUGAAAUUAUGUACUGUUGUGGACAAGUAUUGGUCUUCACAAAGUUCGCUGCUUCAGUGUUAUGAGAUAUUUUUGUCAGAUGUUACUAUGGUAUACUGAAGUAUAAUUACAAGCAUUCCAUAAGUGUCAAAGGCUUUUAUUGACAAUUAUAUUAAGUUUAUGCAAAGAGUCAAUAUUUGCAGUGUUGACCCUUCUUUUUCAAGACCUCUGCAAUCCGCCCUGGCAUGCUGUCAAUUAACUUCUGGGCCACAUCCUGACUGAUGGCAGCCCAUUCUUGCGUAAUCAAUGCUUGGAGUUUGUCAGAAUUUGUGGAUUUUUGUUUGUCCACCCGCCUCUUGAGGAUCGACCACAAGUUCUCAAUGGGAUUAAGGUCUGGGGAGUUUCCUGGCCAUGGACCCAACAUUUUGAUGUUUUGUUCCCCCGAGCCACUUAGUUAUCACUUUUGCCUUAUGGCAAGGUGCUCCAUCAUGCUGGAAAAGGCAUUGGUCGUCACCAAACUGUUCUUGGAUGGUUGGGAGUAGUUGCUCUCGGAGGAUGUGUUGGUACCAUUCUUUAUUCAUGGCUGUGUUCUUAGGCAAAAUUGUGAGUGAGCCCACUCCCUUGGCUGAGAAGCAACCCCACACAUGAAUGGCCUCAGGAUGCUUUAAUGUUGGCAUGACACAGGACUGAUGGUAGCGCUCACCUUGACUUCUCCGGACAAGGUGUUUUCCGGAUGCCCCAAGCAAUCGGAAAGGGGAUUCAUCAGAGAAAAUGACUUUACCCCAGUCCUCAGCAGUCCAAUCCCUGUACCUUUUGCAGAAUAUCAGUCUGUCCCUGAUGUUUUUCCUGGAGAGAAGUGGCUUCUUCGCUGCCCAUCCUGACACAAGGCCAUCCUCCAAAAGUCUUCGCCUCACUGUGCAUGCAGAUGCACUCACACCUGCCUGCUGCCAUUCCUGAGCAAGCUCUGCACUGGUGGUGCCCCGAUCCCACAGCUGAAUCAACUUUAGGAGACGGUCCUGGCGCUUGCUGGACUUUCUUGGGCGCCCUGACACCUUCUUCACAACAAUUGAACCUCUCUCCUUGAAGUUCUUGAUGAUCCGAUAAAUGGUUGAUUUAGGUGCAAUCUUACUAGCGGCAAUAUCCUUGCCUGUGAAGCCCUUUUUGUGCAAAGCAAUGAUGACUGCACGUGUUUCCUUGCAGGUAACCAUGGUUAACAGAGAAAGAACAAUGAUUUCAAGCACCACCCUCCUUUUAAAGCUUCCAGUCUGUUAUUCUAACUCAAUCAGCAUGACAGUGUGAUCUCCAGCCUUGUCCUCGUCAACACUCUCACCGGUCUUAACGAGAGAAUCACUGACAUGAUGGCAGCUGGUCCUUUUGUGGCAGGGCUGAAAUGCAGUGGAAAUGUUUUUGGGGGAUUAAGUUCAUUUUCAUGGCAAAGAGGGACUUUGCAAUUAAUUGCAAUUCAUCUGAUCACUCUUCGUGACAUUCUGGAGUAUAUGCAAAUUGCCAUCAUCAAAACUGAGGCAGCAGACUUUGUGAAAAUUAGUAUUUGUGUCAUUCUCAAAAAUUUUGAACACAACUGUAUGCUAAGUACUUUGCUUUGCCAUUAAGUGAUGGUGUGAUUGAUGAGCACACACACAAUGUAAUGUCACCUCAGCCAGCUGUUCCAUUGUUGUUGUUAAGUGACAGUAAAGUAAAAUGAAGUGAUACAGGCCUUAUGACAGCCACUCAGCUAGCUAAGCAUGUAUCAAACAUGACAGUGGGUGUAGAAUAGGCAGAACAUUCAUAGUGAUGUCUGCGCAAACAGACUUGUCGUGUAUGGCUGCUCGAUGAGUUAACUUCACUCUGAACUUACAGAAACUCACUCAGUCACUCAACCUUUCAGCAUAUUUACAUAUGAAAAGCAGUGUGUGGGUUGACGGCUCUGGUCAAACAACAUAUUAACUAUUAUUAGAGCCCUGCACUGAUGAUGGAUUUCUCAUAAACGCUGUGUGUGCAUGGAUAAAAUGUGAUUAGGACAAGGUUGUUUUCCUGGUUAACCACAUCUCUCUAUUGAGAAACUGGUGUUGUGACAUGAUCCGUUGAUGUUAUGUUUAACUUCCUUUACCAGGAACUAGACUAAAACAAACUGCUUUUUAGUCAUUCCUUCACUAGUAAGGCUGGCUCGAAGCCUCUCUCUCAGGUCUACAGGAAGGAAGAUAGAUUUGUUCAGUGUACCUGAGCCAGCCAAGGAAAGAUGGGCUUGAGCUGACUAGAGCAAAUACCUAAGCAGGCCGAUGGCCAUUAGGGAGCUGUGCCGAGGCAUUUCUUGGCCACAGAGCUGGUGAUCUAGUGUCUGUCUUUACUGGUUUAGUGCCGCCGCCAGGUAGUGGCUCUGACAGGCCUAAAGCCAUUGACCCCUGGGGCAGAGCUAUUCCUAUUCUAGAGGAGAGCAGUGUGACAAGGGGACAGGAAGACAUCUUGCCUGCGCUGCAGUUUACCUUCAGGUCGAUAUUGUCACCAGAACAUAAAUACUCCCGAGCGCAUUGGCAGGGAUGGACACAGACAUGGUCACACACUCUCAGGCACAGACACGCACUCUAAGGCAGUAGGGGCGCGUGCACACACACCGAGGCAUCUGUCCUGAGUGCAGGUAACGUUAGGAGCUAUGUGUGAUGAAGAUAGACAGUGAAGGUAACAGGAGGAGAGGGCACACCUGCAGUCAGUACAGCACACCGGACAGGCACGUCAGCAACCCUCGCAACCAAUCAGUGUCCGCCGCCACCUCACUACAGCUUUCCGCAGCCAAUCACAAUUUCUCUCUCCCUGGCCUUAGUCCCAACCAACCAACCAAUCACUAUCUCUUUACCCAUACACCACUACAGUAUUUAACCUGCCAAUCUCUGAAGUUCCCUGACCUGAGUCCAAACAACCAAUCAGCCCUGCCUUGACCUCGCUACAGCCUUCAACAGCCAAUCUUUCUGUCUCCCUGGCCUCAGUCCCAACCGAUCCCUCAUUGUCUUCAUAGCCACUCUACUGUGGUCUACCACAAUGUAUCACUCUCCCUCUAUCUAUACUGUAUCCUAUCUGUACCUCAAUGUAGUCCAGCACAGCCAAUACAUCUCCUAAUCUUUAGCCCUUCAUAUUACACCACAUCCAUAUAGUCCACCACAACCAAUCACACUUUCUCUCUACAGUACAGUGAGGGGGAAAAAGUAUUUGAUCCCCUGCUGAUUUUGUAUGUACGUUUGCCCACUGACAAAGACAUGAUCAGUCUAUAAUUUUAAUGGUAGGUUUAUUUGAACAGUGAGAGACAGAAUAACAACAAAAAAAUCCAGAAAAACGCAUGUCAAAAAUGUUAUAAAUUGAUUUGCAUUUUAAUGAGGGAAAUAAGUAUUUGACCCCUCUGCAAAACAUGACUUAGUACUUGGUGGCAAAACCCUUGUUGGCAAUCACAGAGGUCAGACGUUUCUUGUAGUUGGCCAUCAGGUUUGCACACAUCUCAGGAAGGAUUUUGUCCCACUCCUCUUUGCAGAUCUUCUCCAAGUCAUUAAGGUUUCGAGGCUGACGUUUGGCGCAACUAACCUUCAGCUCCCUCCACAGAUUUUCUAUGGGAUUAAGGUCUGGAGACUGGCUAGGCCACUCCAGGACCUUAAUGUGCUUAUUCUUGAGCCACUUCUUUGUUGCCUUGGCCGUGUGUUUUGGGUCAUUGUCAUGCUGGAAUACCCAUCCACGACCCAUUUUCAAUGCCCUGGCUGAGGGAAGGAGGUUCUCACCCAAGAUUUGACGGUACAUGGCCCCGUCCAUCGUCCCUCUGAUGCGGUGAAGUUGUCCUGUCCCCUUAGCAGAAAAACACCCCCAAAGCAUAAUGUUUCCACCUCCAUGUUUGACGGUGGGGAUGGUGUUCUUGGGGUCAUAGGCAGCAUUCCUCCUCCUCCAAACACGGCGAGUUGAGUUGAUGCCAAAGAGCUCCAUUUUGGUCUCAUCUGACCACAACACUUUUACCCAGUUCUCCUCUGAAUCAUUCAGAUGUUCAUUGGCAAACUUCAGACGGGCCUGUAUAUGUGCUUUCUUGAGCAGGGGGACCUUGCAGACGCUGCAGGAUUUCAGUCCUUCAAGGCGUAGUGUGUUACCAAUUGUUUUCUUGGUGACUAUGGUCCCAGCUGCCUUGAGAUCAUUGACAAGAUCCUCCUGUGUAGUUCUGGGCUGAUUCCUCACCUUUCUCAUGAUCAUUGCAACUCCAAGAGGUGAGAUCUUGCAUGGAGCCCCAGGCCGAGGGAGAUUGACAGUUAUUUUGUGUUUUCUUCCAUUUGCGAAUAAUCGCACCAACUGUUGUCACCUUCUCACCAAGCUGCUUGGCGAUGGUCUUGUAGCCCAUUCCAGCCUUGUGUAGGUCUACAAUCUUGUCCCUGACAUCCUUGGAGAGCUCUUUGGUCUUGGCCAUGGUGGAGAGUUUGGAAUCUGAUUGAUUGAUUGCUUCUGUGGACAGGUGUCUUUUUAUACAGGUAACAAGCUGAGAUUAGGAUCACUCCCUUUAAGAGUGUGCUCCUAAUCUCAGCUCGUUACCUGUAUAAAAGACACCUGGGAGCCAGAAAUCUUUCUGAUUGAGAGGGGGUCAAAUACUUACUUCCCUGUAGCUCAGCACAUUAAGGUCCUGGAGUGGCCUAGCCAGUCUCCAGACCUUAAUCCCAUAGAAAAUCUGUGGAGGGAGCUGAAGGUUCGAGUUGCCAAAUGUCAGCCUCGAAACCUUAAUGACUUGGAGAAGAUCUGCAAAGAGGAGUGGGACAAAAUCCUUCCUGAGAUGUGUGCAAACCUGAUGGCCAACUACAAGAAACGUCUGACCUCUGUGAUUGCCAACAAGGGUUUUGCCACCAAGUACUAAGUCAUGUUUUGCAGAGGGGUCAAAUACUUAUUUCCCUCAUUAAAAUGCAAAUCAAUUGAUAACAUUUUGACAUACAGUGGGGGAAAAAAGUAUUUAGUCAGCCACCAAUUGUGCAAGUUCUCCCACUUAAAAAGAUGAGAGAGGCCUGUAAUUUUCAUCAUAGGUACACGUCAACUAUGACAGACAAAAUGAGAAAAAAAAAUCCAGAAAAUCACAUUGUAGGAUUUUUAAUGAAUUUAUUGGCAAAUGAUGGUGGAAAAUAAGUAUUUGGUCAAUAACAAAAGUUUCUCAAUACUUUGUUAUAUACCCUUUGUUGGCAAUGACACAGGUCAAACGUUUUCUGUAAGUCUUCACAAGGUUUUCACACACUGUUGCUUGUAUUUUGGCCCAUUCCUCCAUGCAGAUCUCCUCUAGAGCAGUGAUGUUUUGGGGCUGUCGCUGGGCAACACAGACUUUCAACUCCCUCCAAAGAUUUUCUAUGGGGUUGAGAUCUGGAGACUGGCUAGGCCACUCCAGGACCUUGAAAUGCUUCUUACGAAGCCACUCCUUCGUUGCCCGGGCGGUGUGUUUGGGAUCAUUGUCAUGCUGAAAGACCCAGCUACGUUUCAUCUUCAAUGCCCUUGCUGAUGGAAGGAGGUUUUCACUCAAAAUCUCACGAUACAUGGCCCCAUUCAUUCUUUCCUUUACACGGAUCAGUCAUCCUGGUCCCUUUGCAGAAAAACAGCCCAAAAGCAUGAUGUUUCCACCCCCAUGCUUCACAGUAGGUAUGGUGUUCUUUGGAUGCAACUCAGCAUUCUUUGUCCUCCAAACAUGACGAGUUGAGUUUUUUACCAAAAAGUUAUAUUUUGGUUUCAUCUGACCAUAUGACAUUCUCCCAAUCCUCUUCUGGAUCAUCCAAAUGCACUUCAGACGGGCCUGGACAUGUACUGGCUUAAGCAGGGGGACACGUCUCGCACUGCAGGAUUUGAGUCCCUGGCGGCGUAGUGUGUUACUGAUGGUAGGCUUUGUUACUUUGGUCCCAGCUCUCUGCAGGUCAUUCACUAGGUCCCCCCGUGUGGUUCUGGGAUUUUUGCUCACCGUUCUUGUGAUCAUUUUGACCCCACGGGGUGAGAUCUUGCGUGGAGCCCCAGAUUGAGGGAGAUUAUCAGUGGUCUUGUAUGUCUUCCAUUUCCUAAUAAUUGCUCCCACAGUUGAUUUCUUCAAACCAAGCUGCUUACCUAUUGCAGAUUCAGUCUUCCCAGCCUGGUGCAAGUCUACAAUUUUGUUUCUGGUGUCCUUUGACAGCUCUUUGGUCUUGGCCAUUGUGGAGUUUGGAGUGUGACUGUUUGAGGUUGUGGACAGGUGUCUUUUAUACUGAUAACAAGUUCAAACAGGUGCCAUUAAUACAGGUAACGAGUGGAGGACAGAGGAGCCUCUUAAGAAGAAGUUACGGUCUGUGAGAGCCAAAAAUCUUGCUUGUUUUAGGUGACCAAAUACUUAUUUUCCCCCCAUAAUUUGCAAUAAAUUCAUUAAAAAUCCUACAAUGGAUUUUCUGGAAAAAAAUUCUCAAUUUGUCUGUCAUAGUUGACGUGUACCAUGAUGAAAAAUUAAAAGGCCCCUCUCAUCUUUUUAAAUGGGAGAACUUGCACAUUGUGGCGACUAAAAUCUUUUUUUCCCCCCACUGUAUUUUUUUCUGGAUUUGUAUGUUGUUAUUCUGUCUCUCACUGUUCAAAAAACCUACCAUUAAAUUAUAGACUGAUCAUGUCUUUGUCAGUGGGCAAACGUACAAAAUCAGCAGGGGGUCAAAUACUUUUUCCCUCACUGUAUCUCAAAGACCUCCUUUUUUUCUUUACUCGUUUUUUAAAUUUCCCCCGGAACCAGUCAUUUUUGCACUUCUUUUAUUUUUAUUUCAUUUCGGCCAGCCCUCCCCCUAGCCAGUCUCCAGACCUUAAUCCCAUAGAAAAUCUGUGGAGGGAGCUGAAGGUUCGAGUUGCCAAAUGUCAGCCUCGAAACCUUAAUGACUUGGAGAAGAUCUGCAAAGAGGAGUGGGACAAAAUCCUUCCUGAGAUGUGUGCAAACCUGGUGGCCAACUACAAGAAACGUCUGACCUCUGUGAUUGCCAACAAGGGUUUUGCCAACAAAUAAAUCCAGAAAAAUGCAUGUCAAAAAUGUUAUAAAUUGAUUUGCAUUUUAUAAUAAUAAUAUGCCAUUUAGCAGACGCUUUUUAUCCAAAGCGACUUACAGUCAUGCGUGCCUACAUUUUCUGUGUAUGGGUGGUCCCAGGGAUCGAACCCACUACCUUGGCAUUACAAGCGCCAUGCUCUACCAGCUGAGCUACAGGGAAGUAAGUAUUUGACCCCCUCUCAAUCAGAAAGAUUUCUGGCUCCCAGGUGUCUUUUAUACAGGUAACGAGCUGAGAUUAGGAGCACACUCUUAAAGGGAGUGAUCCUAAUCUCAGCUUGUUACCUGUAUAAAAAGACACCUGUCCACAGAAGCAAUCAAUCAAUCAGAUUCCAAACUCUCCACCAUGGCCAAGACCAAAGAGCUCUCCAAGGAUGUCAGGGACAAGAUUGUAGACCUACACAAGGCUGGAAUGGGCUUCAAGACCAUCGCCAAGCAGCUUGGUGAGAAGGUGACAAGUUGGUGCGAUUAUUCGCAAAUGGAAGAAACACAAAAGAACUGUCAAUCUGCCUCGGCCUGGGGCUCCAUGCAAGAUCUCACCUUGUGGAGUUGCAAUGAUCAUGAGAAUGUGUGCAAACCUGGUGGCCAACUACAAGAAACGUCUGACCUCUGUGAUUGCCAACAGGGGUUUUGCCACCAAGUACUAAGUCAUGUUUUGCAGAGGGGUCAAAUACUUAUUUCCCUCAUUAAAAUGCAAAUCAAUUGAUAACAUUUUGACAUGUGUUUUUCUGGAUUUUUAUGUUGUUAUUCUGUCUCUCACUGUUCAAAUAAACCUACCAUUAAAAUUAUAGACUGAUCAUGUCUUUGUCAGUGGGCAAACGUACAAAAUCAGCAGGGGAUCAAAUACUUUUUCCCCUCACUGUAUCUCUAAAGACAUUCUCUUUUUUAUUAUCUUUACCUCCUCUCGCUCUUAUUGCACAUUUCAAUCUGCUCAGAUGAAAAGCUAUAUGUAACACUUGAUAUGUCAAGCUGACUUUGAGCUUUAAUGUGAAUUCAAAAUGUCAGGAGAGCGAGCAGCCUUGGCCCCCUUCACUCCACCAACCGUCCAUCAGCCACUCGUUUAAUUUUGUUUAAUUUCUCUCUUCCAUAUCUACUCCCCUCUCUCGUUCUGUCCAUCCUGACCCCUGCCUUUCAGACUAGAGCUGCACUAUGUGCUUUAGUGUCCCACAGGACAGGGCUGUCUGGUGUUAAUCCACAUGGUUCUGCCUGAUAAGUCCCUGUCCCUGAUCUCCCCUUCCUCUCCUCUAUCCCCUCCCUUUCCCUGGGCUUUGUUGUGACAGCGCCCAUUACCAAACCAUGAUGUCAGCGCUCCAGCACAAAGCUCUAUCUGAGAGACACACACAGCCAAUCAGGCUUCCUAAAGACGCCAAUAUUUAGAAUGCCCCUCCACCUCCCACCCCUAGCUUAGUACUCCUACCUCAUCCCACCCCCACUUCUCCUCUCCAGCAGACAGAAAGACAGCGAGUUCAGUUGGUCUGUUCAUGUUUGCCUUGCACUGGAUCUGGCCUGGUUUGAAUUUGGAGCUUUGUUUGCUUUUGAAUUCUCAUCUCAUCUCCUGCCAACAGACUGAGGAGACUGUUUGCGUACGCUUGGCUUUCACAGAGGCCCUACCCCAUGUGUCUGUGUGUGUGCGCGCACGUCACUCUCCAAUCUUCAUCUUUAGUGACAGCACCUGUAAUGACAGCAGCUGUAUCAAUUACCCUGAUUACUGCUCUCAUUACGCUGAUGACUGCUGCUAUGAAGGACACACACACACACAGCGCGGGAACCUGCCAGGGGGGUGUGCGUUGGAAAAUCAGGAAGGGUUUGUGUAGCUUCAAGCUAAUUUCUGUUUUCCGCCAUGUCUGCCAUCUCUAAUAGCUUAUGCCCUCUCCCCUGGUAGUGAGGCCAUCCAAGCCCAGAUGCUAUGCCGAAGGCCCCACCCAGGAGGGUAAGGACGUGGUCCUGAGGUGUACGUCCAGUGAGGGGACCAACCCCCUGCAGUACACCUGGGAGAAGACCAGCGACAACAAGAUUCUGCCAGCCUCAGCCGUGCUAGGUAACACACACUCGUGUAAACACACAUACACACGUGUACACGGGUUGUAAUUAUACACUGAGUAUACCAAACAUUAGGAACUCCUCCUUGCGCCUGGCAAACCGGUGCGCCUGGCACCUACUACCAUACCCCAUUCAAAGGCACUUACAAUUUUUGUCUUGCACAUUCACCUUCUGAAUGGCACACAUACACGUCUCAAUUCUCGAGGCUUAAAAUCCUUCUUUAACCUGUCUCCUCCCCUUCAUCUACACUGAUUGAAGUGGAUUUAACAGGUGACAUCAAUAAGGGAUCAUAGCUUUCACCUGGAUUCACCUGGUCAGUCUGUCAUGGAAAGAGCAGGUGUUCUUAAUGUUUUGUAUAUUUUCACAAAACACGUGGUUACACAAGCCAGGUUUCACAAUCCCCAGAUGGAGCAGAUGCUUUCAAACAGAAUGGGUAUUCACUGCCAAUUCAAGUAAAUGGACAGAAAUGUUUCUGAAACGUUUUGGCUUCCUGAACGUGCCCAUGUAACCCCUCCCCCCUCUCUCUGUCUGUAGACCCUGUGGGAGGUACCAUGAAUGUAAGGAACGCGUCCACCAGCUCCUCUGGAACCUACCGCUGCACAGCUAAGAACCGUGUGGGCAUGGAGGAGUGUAUUAUACAGCUUGGCAUCACUCCCCGUGAGUCCUUCACCACACCCUGAUUCACCUUUAUCUGGUCUUAUUUUUUUUAUCAGGCGUGCAUUCGUACUUGGACCUGUACUGGCUGUAUAGAGUCAAGAUGGUGGGAUUGUGUAAUAUUAUAAUGUAUUUUUUUAUGAUCUGUGAUCCAGCCCCCAACACUGCUGGUAUCAUAGCUGGAACCAUCAUCACUGUGCUGCUGGCCCUCAUCAUCAUCGCCAUCAUCCUCUUCUGCUGCUGCCGCGCCCGCAACAGGAAGAAGUACGAGAAGGAGAUCUCUUACGAGAUCAGGUACGGUCACUGCAUUAUUACACCAGAAAUACUGUGUGUGUGUGUAGGGUCCCCCAAAUUCACUUUCAUUGUACAGCACUGGCACACAUUGCUUCAAACUACCAAACUGCUAUUAGAUUAGAUUAGAUAUUUCUUUAUGGUUGGAUUUUCAGAUAUUUGCUUUACGUACAAGAAUGCACUGCAAUAGUGGGAGACAUAACAAACAUACACAUUCAUGAAGAACAACAGAAAUGACAGCUUAAGGACGUUACUCCUCCAUUCCCCAUAACAUAACUAACCCCCCCCCCCCCCCCCCCCGCCCUCAUAUACUCUAUUGCACAUCCCCUUAGUGUCCAGGUCACUGAGCAUUGCACAUAAUGUUAUUGCACAACCCUAACUUUCAAUGUCCAUGAUUCCACAUACAACCACAUAUAACAGUGUAGUAUACAGUACAUUACAACUAUCUUAAUAGCAUUGUGGGAAGAGUGUAUAGGUUCCUCUAAAGGUUGUCUUUUAUUUGGGUUAUUUGGCUGCUGUAGCCUGAGAUAAAACAAAGAAAACGUGACCAUGCCACGUUCUCUGGCCCCAGCUCCUCCCUAUCCAGUCACACACACACACACACACACACACACACACAGCAAAGGGCCAGGAAAAAAGGUUGUCGCCCCAUCAGCGACAACCUCAAGUAAACGGCUGUGUUAAUCAGUUUGGGUGAUUUUGUUUGUUCUGUGGAUCCUGUGUCUGUCCUGCCCAGCCCCAGCCCCUCUGGACACAGCGUUCCAUCCACACAGCAUCCUCCCUCUCUCUCGCUGUCUUUGGGUCUGCUAGCAUUAGCCUGGACUGUGUCUGUCUAUCUGCCUGGCAGCACAGUGGAGCACCAUAAGGAUAAGCCCAAUGAGCACUGUGUCUGUGCCCAGCCCUGACACACACACGGCAGCACGCAUACAGACACUAAUACACGCUUAGUGACAUUAAGGCACACACAGACAAACACUUGUGCGCAUAUACGCGCGCACACACAUUUACCAACAUAUUGAAAGCCACUGGCCCUUCAGGCUCAGUUUGAUUGAGCUCUUUAAUGGAUUAUUGCGGGUUAUUAUGUGUUAAUUGUGUUGCUCUGGGAGUAGAAGGGGGUUGGUGGGAAUGAAUGUUGCUCAGUUACCACUUGAGAAUCCUGAUUCUUACUGUGGCUGAUCAGAGCUGGUACUGCUAGAACUACAUCCCAUCCCCACUAGCUAUCAUCUUUCUCUGUCUCUUUCACAACCUUUCACCCUCUCUGUCUGUCUGUCCCUUCUCACUCACUCCGUCUGUCUGUUUCUUUCUCCCUCUUUGUCAUUCUGUCUCUCCCUCUGUCUCUUUCACUCGCCUCACCCUCUCUCUCUUUCUGUCAGUCUGUCCCCUCUCUCUUUCUGUCAGUCUGUCCCCUCUCCCUCUCUUUCAGUCUGCCUGUCUCUUCCUCUCUCUUUCUGUCUGUCUCUCUGUCUUUUUCUUAUAUCUCAUUGUUUAUCUCUCUCUGACUCUGUCUGGCUGGACACCUGGGUGAAACCCAAGUGAAUGUGAAAGGUGAGUGGAAAAGCUUGUCUCUUGUUGUUUACAUGCCCAUCUCACUCUCUUACCCCCCCUCUCAGAGAGGACGUUCCCCCUCCGAAGAGCCGCGUGUCGACGGCUCGCUCUUUCACCAGCGUGGGCAGCCAGCGCUCCUCCCUGGGCUCCAUGUCCCCCUCCAACCUGCACGAGUACGCUCUCAAGCCCCAGUACGACAAGAUCCCCUCCGUGGAGGAGUACGAGAGGCCCCCCAGCCACACACCCCUGCCACCGCCCGUCGCCAGCAAGAUGGCCGGCCGUAACCUCAGCCGCAUGGGCGGCAUCCCCGUCAUGAUCCCCGCCCAAAACAGGGACGGCUCCAUCGUGUAAUGGAGAGAGCGAGAGAAGGAGAAAGGGAG